AUGGACAACAAACCUACGUCGAUAAGAGCAUCUUUGCCUACUGCUACUAAUUCGACAGUUAACUAUCAUGAAGUAUUCAGUGAGUUGGUUCCAGUGCUGACUCAGUGUUUUGGUGUAAUACUCUUGGGUUAUAUCUCUGGCCUCCUGAAAAUUUUUUCGGAAUCCCAAGCUAAGGGACUUAACCUCUAUGUCACUAGAUUCGCUUUGCCCACUGUAUUUUUUCGCGCCAUGGUAACAAUUAAUUUUCUGGUGUCUGUUGGUCUUUCGUCAUGGCUAUAUCUAUCAGUAAAUUGA